AGCGGCCGGUCUGCGCCUGUGCCUGGCGGGGGCGUGGCCUGGCCAGAGGCGUGGCCCGGGGCAGGAGGGGAGGAAGCGGGAGCGGAUCGUGUCGCGCGCAGGCGUUACUGGUCGCUCCGAGUCACGUGAGCGCGCAGGCGCAGCGCCGCGCAGCCCGCUCCCUCACACAAAGCCCAGACGCGGAGAAAAUGGCGGCAGGGGUCGAAGCGGCGGCAGAGGUGGCAGCGACGGAGCCCAAAAUGGAGGAAGAGAGCGGCGCGGCCGGCGUGCCGAGUGGCAACGGGGCUCCGGGCCCGAAGGGUGAAGGAGAACGACCUACUCAGAAUGAAAAGAGAAAGGAGAAAAACAUAAAAAGAGGAGGCAAUCGCUUUGAGCCAUAUGCCAAUCCAACUAAAAGAUACAGAGCCUUCAUCACAAACAUACCUUUUGAUGUAAAAUGGCAGUCACUUAAAGACCUGGUUAAAGAAAAAGGGAUGUGCCGUUGUUGAAUUCAAGAUGGAAGAGAGUAUGAAAAAAGCUGCUGAAGUUCUAAACAAGCAUAGUCUGAGUGGGAGACCACUGAAAGUCAAAGAAGAUCCUGAUGGUGAACAUGCCAGGAGAGCAAUGCAAAAGGUGAUGGCUACGACUGGUGGGAUGGGUAUGGGACCAGGUGGCCCAGGAAUGAUUAAUAUCCCACCCAGUAUCCUAAAUAAUCCUAACAUCCCAAAUGAGAUUAUCCAUGCAUUACAGGCUGGAAGACUUGGAAGCACAGUAUUUGUAGCAAAUCUGGAUUAUAAAGUUGGCUGGAAGAAACUGAAGGAAGUUUUUAGUAUGGCUGGUGUGGUGGUUCGAGCAGACAUUCUGGAGGAUAAAGAUGGGAAAAGUCGUGGAAUAGGCACUGUGACAUUUGAACAGUCCAUCGAAGCUGUGCAAGCUAUAUCUAUGUUUAACGGCCAACUGCUCUUUGAUAGACCAAUGCACGUCAAAAUGGAUGAAAGGGCCUUACCAAAGGGAGACUUUUUCCCUCCUGAACGUCCACAGCAACUUCCCCAUGGACUUGGUGGUAUUGGCAUGGGGUUAGGACCAGGAGGGCAGCCUAUUGAUGCCAAUCACCUGAACAAAGGCAUUGGAAUGGGAAACAUAGGGCCUGCAGGCAUGGAGGGACCCUUUGGUGGUGGUAUGGAAAACAUGGGGCGAUUUGGAUCUGGGAUGAACAUGGGCCGAAUAAAUGAAAUCCUAAGUAAUGCACUGAAGAGAGGAGAGAUCAUUGCAAAGCAGGGAGGAGGUGGAGGUGGAGGCAGCGUCCCUGGGAUCGAAAGGAUGGGCCCUGGCAUUGACCGCAUUGGGGGUGCUGGCAUGGAGCGCAUGGGCGCAGGCCUGGGCCAUGGCAUGGAUCGAGUGGGCUCCGAAAUCGAGCGCAUGGGCCUGGUCAUGGACCGCAUGGGCUCCGUUGAGCGCAUGGGCUCUGGCAUCGAGCGUAUGGGCCCACUGGGCCUCGACCACAUGGCCUCCAGCAUCGAGCGCAUGGGCCAGACCAUGGAGCGCAUUGGCUCUGGUGUCGAGCGCAUGGGUGCCGGCAUGGGUUUCGGCCUGGAGCGCAUGGCCGCGCCCAUCGACCGUGUGGGCCAAACAAUUGAGCGCAUGGGCUCUGGCGUAGAGCGAAUGGGCCCUGCCAUCGAGCGCAUGGGCCUGAGCAUGGAGCGCAUGGUGCCCGCAGGUAUGGGGGCCGGCCUGGAGCGCAUGGGCCCCGUGAUGGAUCGCAUGGCCACUGGCCUGGAGCGAAUGGGCGCCAACAACCUGGAGCGUAUGGGCCUGGAGCGCAUGGGAGCCAACAGUCUAGAGCGCAUGGGCCUGGAGAGAAUGGGCGCCAACAGUCUGGAGCGCAUGGGCCCAGCGAUGGGCCCGGCCCUGGGCGCUGGCAUUGAGCGCAUGGGCCUUGCCAUGGGUGGUGGCGGUGGUGCCAGCUUCGAUCGUGCCAUUGAGAUGGAACGUGGCAACUUUGGAGGAAGCUUCGCAGGUUCCUUUGGCGGAGCUGGAGGCCAUGCUCCUGGGGUGGCCAGAAAGGCCUGCCAGAUAUUUGUGAGAAAUCUCCCAUUUGAUUUUACAUGGAAGAUGCUAAAGGACAAAUUCAACGAAUGUGGCCACGUGCUGUACGCCGACAUCAAGAUGGAGAACGGGAAGUCCAAGGGGUGCGGUGUGGUUAAGUUUGAGUCGCCAGAGGUGGCUGAGAGAGCCUGCCGGAUGAUGAAUGGCAUGAAGCUGAGUGGCCGAGAGAUUGAUGUUCGAAUCGAUAGAAAUGCUUAAGCAGUUGCCUUUUUUAAACAUCAAUGCCAGACCUCUGAAUUUGUAUUUUUUCUUGUUAACCAUUUUAAUUUGUUGGCUGGAUGUAUAAAGAUGUUUAAAAAAUUCAGUUGCUUUUUGGGGUAAUUUGAAUUACUUUUUUAAUGACUGGGGUUCCAUUUGACUGUUUGCAUUGAGAUUGCAAUGUGCGCAAUUUUUUUUGUAGUUGUGGCAUCUUGUUGACAUCGAAUAUGACUUUGAUAAUAAAUACCAGUUCCUGAAAGUGGC